UAACACCACGUGGGGUCGAGAUUUUGACCCCCCCGUCGGUGGUUUGUCUCUUCUCUGAGAAAGCAACUGGAAAUGUUUCAGUCAUUGAGGGAGGGAGACUGAUAGAGAGACGAGAAGGGAAAGCAGGAAGGUCAGAGAGGGUGAAGGCUGGUAUCAGUUAGACAGAGAAGUUUGCAAGUUCUCAUAAACUAAGCCGGGACUGAGCAACACUGAGAUCUCGAGUUUAAUCCACCCAGACUGGAGACUGGCCAAGGACGGGAUGCGGUUCAUGUUUUGUCUACUGUUCAUCUCGCAGGUGAUGCCGGGUGACUCCUGUCGCAGCGGACAAUUUACAUUGGAGGGUGACUGCUGUGACCUCUGCCCUGCAGGUCAUGGUGUCAUUAAAGAGUGUAACACCACCAAUACCCAAUGUCAGCCUUGUGAGGAUGGUGUGACUUUCUCACCCAGUGCCAGCUCCUCUCAUUGUCAGCUGUGCUCAAGCUGUCCUGACAAGAUGGAGAUCCUAUCCCUUUGCAAUGCCACGUUAGACACCCAGUGUCAGUGCAUGGAAGGGUACUACCUGCAGGCUGGUAGCAGGAACUGUGUGCCAUGUACCAUCUGUCCCCGUGGCAAUCAGGUUCUGGAGCAGUGCACCAGGGACAGAGAUGUCGUGUGCGAGCUUUGCCCUGAAGGCACCUUCUCUGAGAAAGCAAGCAACUCUGAGCCAUGUGUGCCCUGUCGGACCUGUGAUCAGGAUCAGUUUGUUCUGCAAGAGUGCCAAGUGACCUCUGAUACGGUCUGCCUGAGCAAAAACUCGUCACUGCUGAGGAGGCCAGAAGUGGAACCGGUGAGAGAUGACACCAAGUUUGACAAUCCUGUGGAACCUGCGUCUGGUACAGUCAACUUCACUGCCUACGAUACAGGAAAGAACAUCAUUCCAGUUUAUUUUUCUAUCCUUGCAGCAGUCAUCAUGGGACUUGUGAUCUACGUCACUGUGAAAUGUUGGAACACGUGUAAGCAGAAGAAGCAGCUGGCGAAGGCUCGAGCUGGGGAACUUGACGCGGGACCUGAAGGCGAGAAGCUGCAUGGUGACAGCGGCGUGUUUGUUGACACCCACAGCCUCCAUGAGCCACAACUCAGUAAGGUUGUUCAUGUUGACCCAUCCAUGUACAGCAAGCUCCCACUGCAGAAACGCCAAGAGGUUGAACAGCUGCUCGAUAGUCAGGAUGGCACCCGACCUGACUGGCGCAGUCUGGCACGCCACCUGGGCUAUGAUGAGGAGCGGGUGGCCACCAUUGGCCGUGGAGAGGACCCGGCUCACACGUUGCUGUCUGAUUGGUCGAUGAGGGAUGGUGGCAGCUUGGAUGUACUCUGCAAGGCAUUGGGGAGGAUGGAGAGGGAGGACAUCGCACAGUGUCUCAAAUCAGAGUCAGCUGUGACCUCACUGUUGUGACGCAAGGAGCAGUGCCCACCCUCAGCACCCACCCUCACCCUCUUCGUGUGUUGAAGAUUCUUCUCUUGGCAGAAGGGGGUGGCCCCAGACUCAAAAUGUGCUGAAUCUCUUCAACUUUUUCAAUCAGAAAACGUAGCUAGGACAGAAUGGUGAGACAGUCGGUUUGGCUGUAAUGGAAUUGGAAUGGAAUUUGUGAAACUCAGUGGAUGAAGCCUUGCCAUUGGCCCACAUCUUAGAAUGUUUUGAGAUGUGAGUUUCUUUUUGUUUCAUUUUUAGGUAUCCUAUGCAUGAGCUGCGUGGGCAGAACAGUCUGCUGCAUUUCACUGGUUCCUGUUUGCUCAAUUUCUUCUCUUUGUAAGGUGCUGACAGUCCCAUCUGAGUGGGGUAAGCCAGGCUAUUGGUAAUGUUACUGUACUCUGAAUCCAAGAACUCUUGCCAAAUAUCUACAGGCAUCAGAUCAAAUGUCAACAUAUCAGCUUGGGAGUUUAAAUUCAAUGAAUUGACCUGGAAUGAAAAUGAUGACUGUGAAACCAGCAGAUUGUUGUAGGAUCCUGUCUGGUUGGCUGUACCUGCUUGGGGAAGGAACCUUGACAUCUUUGCUCCCCUGAUCUGCGUGUUUUCAGACCUACACCAAUUCUUCACUGGCCUCUGCGUUGUCAGUGAGCCACUGAUAUAUUCAAGAGGACGAUUCACUACCAACUUGUCAAGGCUAAUUAAUUGGGAAUGGGUAUUAAAUGCUGACAAAGCUCUGAUCCUGUGAAUUAACAAUUUUAAAAAUAAAACAGAUCCCUUUUAGUGACUUCACUCCACUUCCUCACUUCAGUGACUUCUUUGCCUGGGAUAGCAUAUAUCGGUGAACUCUUCAGCUUGAAAUACCAUCACACUUUUCGAGAUGAUCAAAGACUGUUGUGGGCACUUCUUACUCAGGGAUGGGUGUGUGCCUCUGGACGGUAAGAAAAAGCUUCAUCCUUUGUCCACAACAAGAGAAAGGAAUUUAUGGUUCUUAGCACCAAACUGGAUUAGAACAUAGAACAAUACAGCGCAGAACAGGCCCUUCGGCCCUCGAUGUUGCGCCGACCUGUGAACUAAUCUAACCCCCUCCCCCUACACUAUUCCAUCAUUAUCCAUAUGCUUAUCCAAGAACUGUUUAAAUGCCCCUAAUGUGGCUGAGUUAAUUAAUGGUUAGAUGGUUAAUGGCAUUUCUGGACCUCUGGCUUGGAUGUCCAGUCAGUUUACAGUCUUGUUCACACUCCUUGUGUACAUGAGCAGUUUCAGUUGAUUUUGUUGAUUCCUAAGCCAGGCUCGUAUAGUUUAGGUGCUGUUCAACUGCCUGUUGAUUUGAUUCCCCUGCAAAACUUCUACGUAUAAACUGGCCGACUGAACAAUAAGUCUGACUGCAAAAAGUAACUGAACCUUUCUGUUUAUUUUACAAAUGAGCCUUUGUUUUUGGAAUUGCAACUCCACUUAAAAAGAACGUGUCCUUGCUGGAUGUGACACUGUAGCACCAGUCAAUGCUGAAUUCCAGCUUUGAAGCUGGAGAAGUGCUAAUUUUGUUAUCAACACUACCUAUGUUUUAAAGAAAUGGGUGAUGGAUGUUAGCAAAUGUUCAGUCCCUUGCUGUCCUCCAUUGCAAUUUGUAUAGGUUCAGUGGUUUUAUAGUGGCCCAUGGGCUUUCUCCAGGCCUUCUGUACAUGGUUCAAGAUGUAAGUUACUGAGAGACAUUGGCAUGAAUGAAGCCAGGCAACAGGCCAGAAAUCCUAUCCCUGCCGUUACCAUGACAUCCCACAACCAGACUGGCUUUGACUUGCACAGCAUCCAUUAUCGUAGGUCUGACCAGCAACAAUAUCAUCACUUAAUAAGCAGUGUUCAAGACGCUGUUGCCCUGUACAAAAAUGAACAGAUUUUCAUCGCUGUGGAGCUGAAAUUGAAGAGGAUGAAGUGGCUGACUAUGAAGCCCAGGCCGGAGGCUGAAACUCUCCAGCUUGCGACACCAGCCUUUCCUAUAUGUUGACUUGUUUUGGAAUGGCACAGGAAAGCGAGUAGGUUAGUAGGUGAUCUGCAGAGUAAUUUCACCCAUCUGUACAUGGUCUGAGGUCACACAUGUUUGAGAACUACACAUUAAUAGAAUGUUGAAUGUGACCCUUUAAGUUGUAAUAUCUUGCAAAGAUUUAGAUAGGCUCCCACACAAUAUAUGGUUAUUUGGAUGGACAGGGGAUUGGUGGCUUUGGGGAACUAUAUUCAAAGGCCAAAAGAAUUCAAGAAAAAACUGACUUUUAAGUUGGUAAUUCUGAAAAUGUAACUUAUUGGGGGCACGGGUAUGUUUGACUUUGGGAGUGGCAGGCUGUUGUAAAGUGUUCGACUCUGCAGUUGGUGCAUGAUUCGUUAGUCUUAGGUGACAUGAGUUUGCAAGUCUCUCAAUCUCGGCCCUAGUGGGAAGACAGCACAGCUGUCCUCAGACAGAACUAACACAACUGUGGGGUGACCGACUUAAAAGUGUGAAAUGGGAAACAGAACAAAUAGUUUCCAAUUCCCAAAGACAAUUGAGCACAAGGCAACAAGAAGUACAAUUUGUGAUAAGAACCAAAAUAACUGCGGAUGCUGUAAAUCAGGAACAAAAACAGAAGUUGCCGGAAAAGCUCAGCCAGUCUGGCAGCGUCUGUGAAUAAAACAUCAGAGUUAACGUUUCGGUUCACUGGACCUGAAACGUUAGUUCUGUCUUUUUUUUUCCCUUCACAGGUGCUGCCAGACCUGCUGACCUGUUCCAGCAACUUCUGUUUUUGUUCCUGUACAACUUGUGAUCCUUCGUUGACAUUCACCCAGUGGGGAUUUCGGGAGCAUUAUUUGUGGCUGUUACCUCUGCUACAGCUAGAUUUGAGAAUGGAGUGUGGUGGAAGCUGUUAUUGCUUUCCCUUGGCCAAAAUAAAAUCUUUACAGUGAUCGGCAUUGAAUUUUGUGCUCUCAAGGUGGGCAAAUCAGUCAGUCUUCUAAAAGAAAUGUUAAGGUAGAGAAAAUCAAAAUGACUGCAGCAUUAACUAAAAUGACAACCAAUGUCCAGCAUUACAAAGUAUUACCACUGAUUUAUUGUCUGUAAUACCAAUUUAAGGCAAAUCGUUAUCCUCAUAUGUAUUGGUGUACUUUUUAUUGAUAAAAUGUAAAUGAUAGGUAUCUGGGAUUUUGAAGAAUCGUCAGCUUUCUUUGGCUGAUGUCUUCUUUUUUGGAACUUUCUCCUGAGCAUGAAGAGAUGCAGUUGAGGGGUUUUCUGCCCUGGAAUUGUUGCAGACCGUUUAAUCUUCAUCUCAUUGUGCUGUUAUUACUUAAUUGUGUUUGACAAAGAAAUUUUAUAUUCUUUGAAAUUAUCAUCUUAUUCCAAAUAAACAUUUGAAAUACUAAGUUCCACCCCUUCCA